AUGUCAAGUAACCCUGGAUCAAUAUACCUGGACAACCUUGGUGACCUCCAUGGUCUUGCCAUCCAGGCCCAAACUAGCCUAACGGACCCGACUCCGGCACAACCCCAUACACUACACAGAGGAGGGAUCAAACAAGCUGACACAAAAACAAUAUCGAGAAAUAUGAAAAGGCCGUACAUUCUUAAGGCGCGGUCACUCCCUCUGCUAUAA